AUGCCGAUUGCUAUGAAUAUUCUUAAAAGUUGCACUGUGUUUGAGCUAGGCCCCAAUAGUUGUUCUAGGGCUCUGAAUAAGAGAGGAAACCAUAAACACUUGUAUGGUGUUCUGUGUGCAGGCAGCCAAGGGCAGUUUCCACUCACUCAGAAUGUUACAGUUAUCGAGGGAGAAACAGCAACUUUGACCUGUAGGGUUGAUCAAAAUGAUAACACCUCCCUCCAGUGGUCAAAUCCAGCUCAACAGACUCUGUACUUUGAUGACAAGAAAGCUCUGAGGGACAAUAGAAUUGAGCUGCUACGAGCUUCAUGGCAUGAACUGACCAUCAGAGUCACUGAUGUGUCACUGUCAGAUGAAGGGCAAUACACUUGUUCUUUAUUUACUAUGCCUGUCAAGACUUCCAAGGCUUUCCUCACUGUUCUGGGAGUUCCAGAGACGCCUCAGAUUAGUGGAUUUACUUCACCAGUUAUGGAAGGUGAAAGGAUGGAACUUACAUGCAAAACCUCUGGUAGCAAGCCAGCAGCGGAUAUCAGAUGGUUCAAGAAUGACAAAGAGGUGAAAGAUGUUAAAUAUGUAAAAGAAGAGGAUGCAAAUCGGAAAACAUUCACUGUCAGCAGCACAAUGAAUUUCAGAGCAGAUCGCAGUGAUGAUGGUGCAGUUGUAAGUUGCAGAGUAGACCACGAAUCGUUGAACUCCACACCUCAGAUAGCAAUGCAAGUUCUAGAAAUACACUAUAUACCUUCAGUUAAAAUUAUACCUUCCACGUCAUGGCCAGAAGAAGGACAAUCUAUAACUUUGAUUUGUGAAUCCAAAGGAAAACCACUGCCAGAUCCAGUAUUAUGGACAAAGGAUGGUGGAGAAUUACCAGAUCCAGAAAGAAUGGUUGUCAACGGUAGGGAGCUAAACAUUAAUUUCCUAAAUAAAACGGACAAUGGUACAUAUCGAUGUGAAGCAGAAAAUACUAUUGGCCAAAACAGCGCAGAGUAUGUCCUGAUUAUUCAUGAUGUUUCCAACAUUUUGCUUCCUACCACUGUCAUCCCCUCCCUUACCACUGCAACAGUCACAACCACUGUAGCCUUAACAAGCACAGUCCCAUCGGCAACAGCCAUCGACACCCGAGACCCGAAUGCUUUGGCUGGACAGACUGGACCAGACCAUGCUCUUAUAGGAGGGAUAGUGGCUGUAGUUGUCUUCGUCACGCUAUGUUCUAUAAUUCUCCUUGGUCGAUAUCUGGCAAGACAUAAAGGAACAUAUUUAACAAAUGAAGCUAAAGGAGCUGAAGAUGCACCUGAUGCAGAUACAGCCAUUAUCAAUGCAGAAGGCAGCCAAGUCAAUGCAGAAGAGAAGAAGGAAUAUUUCAUAUAGAUGCAGACUUAGGUUCUCUGAGUAUUACUCACCAGGCUGACUGCUGGAGAAAACUGGCUCCCAUCUUUCAGCAUUAUUUUCUCCCAUCCUUUUGCUACCUUUAUUAAUGUAAACAACAUCUUUCAGUAGCCAGUUUAUGCCAACAAUCAGCUGUGGACAGCAUUUUUCUUUAAUUACGGUACCAUUCAUAAUGCAGGACAUUUCUUAUGGCCUAAAUGUCAUAUCCAUUGCUCUCUUAACAUACAGUGCUU